AUGUCUAGUGGGCUGCGUCGGACAACAGCAAAUCCAAUGGAUAUGGAUUUAGAAUCAGUGAUUCAGUCUAAAAGAGGACGAUUCGGUGGCCUUCGGAGAGGGAACUAUCGAGGCCGACAAACCUUUAACUCUGCUUCAUGGAGAAUGCCCCCAAUCAAUUCAAACAAAACCAUCCCCGGGCAGUUGGUGGUGAAAAACUUGCACUACGGAGUCAGUGAAGAUGAUUUGAACACUUUAUUCUCUGAAAUAGGCGAGGUCAUUCGAGUGGAAAUUCACUUUGACCGAGCAGGACGGUCUCUCGGGGAGGCCAACGUCUUUUUCUCAGACCCCUCGUCUGUGGACUAUGCAGUGAGGAAAUACGACAAUGUCCCUCUGGAUGGUUCCCAGUCCUCCUGA